GUUUCGCAUUGGGUGAUGACGUUGCUUGGGCAUAGCUACACUGACUGUCUGUGCUUUUGGCUAAUUUGGAGGAAGCCUCAUGAUGCUAUCUGUCGCUACAGCUGGAGUAAUUUUGCUAGCAGUGUGUAUUUAUCCAAGUUACGCACUCUACUUCCACAUAGGAGAGACUGAGAAAAAAUGUUUCAUUGAAGAAAUUCCAGACGAGACCAUGGUUAUCGGAAAGUACAAAACUCAGCUUUGGGAUAAACAGACCAAUUCCUUCCUCCCGUCCACUCCUGGUCUUGGAAUGCAUGUUGAAAUCAAGGAUCCAGAUGCAAGGGUCAUCCUGUCUCGUCAAUACGGAUCUGAUGGCCGGUUCACCUUCACAUCUCAUACACCUGGAGAACAUCAGAUUUGUCUGCACUCCAACUCUACGAAGAUGGCUCUGUUUGCUGGAGGGAAACUGAGAGUGCACCUGGAUAUCCAGGUUGGAGAACACACCAAUAACUACCCUGAAAUUGCAGCAAAGGACAAACUCACUGAGCUGCAGCUCCGUGCCAGACAGCUUCUGGAUCAGGUGGAACAAAUCCAGAAGGAACAAAAUUACCAGAGGUAUCGAGAGGAACGCUUCCGUAUGACCAGCGAGAGCACCAACCAACGCGUCCUUUGGUGGUCCAUCGCCCAGACGAUUAUUCUCAUCAUGACGGGCAUAUGGCAGAUGAAGCACCUCAAGAGCUUUUUUGAAGCUAAGAAACUGGUUUAACCGGAUUGUGAAGAGGAGACAGACAGACUUGAAUGACUGGAACAAAGCCUUGCCCCCCCCGCGCCUCCCUCCGAAUUCAGGUGACUUUUUGUCGGCCAUGGAUGAUGAAGGGAGUUUUAGUACAACAUCCCAGUUGCCUUUCUCGUUUGUUGUAUUUGCCUGACAUCCGUGCACAUCUUUUGGUUGUACAGCAGCAGAUACGCAACACAAUGACACCCAUCUUUCAUUUCGAGUGGGGUUUCGUCUCUGGUAACCAUUGGCUUCACCAUUGCCAACACAUCGUCCCUUAUUUAGACACUAAAUGAAUGAUAAGUUUAUAAUUUUAUAGAAUGUUUGUUCACACACAGCCACACCCCGUGAUUCUUGUAGUUGCAAGAACAUUGGAGAUUUUUUUCCAAUAUUGUAACAAUGUUUAUAAAUGUCAAAGAACUGUGAGAUUUUUCUUAUUGUAUUGCUUUAUUGUAGCUAGCAUUCAUUUACUUGGUGUUCAUGAGGUUUUUCGCGAUGUGAUAUAAGGGGCUUUAAACAUGGAUGUUUGGGUGCCAGGAUUUAUUUAUUAUUGGAAUGUGACCAUAUUCUGUAUACAAGUACAGUUCAUCCAGUUUAAUACUGAAGGCUUCAGUCAUGCAUGUAUGGGUUGUUGAUUUUGAGAUUUUUCUCUUAUUUUGUUAAAAUGUCCGCUUCUUGAUGCACUACUGUCAGACAUUAUCUUCAUGAAGAAAUGUGGAAUUGCCAUAAAAUGUUCCAGCAUUGA